UUUCAGUGUUUUUGGUUUUUAGAGAUCAUUCCAAUCAAAGAAUUUCAGUUCAAAAAUGUCUUCUGAUCUUUAUGUUUUUGAUAGCUCCUUUUACCGCCAACAUUCAAGCCCAGAAAUGGCCUCUUCUGAUGCUGGAGACUUUAACUUUUUCACUGAACCUUUCUCUCCUUUUUGUGAUUCUUCUCUUGAUAUCCUUCAAGCAAUCUCAAACUCAAACAAUACCUCAAUGAUCAACCCAAAUCACCCGGUUCAUGAGUCUUCCUCAAUUGACCAAUAUACACAUACUCUUCUUUCUUCUUCACCGCCAAGUCACCUUCUUGAAAAUCUGAGCCUUUGCCAAUCCACUCAUUUGCAGCCUCUUGCAAAUGGGUACCAAGAUUUCUCUAGUUUAGACGCCAUGGAAGUCAAAAGUGAGGAGUCUUUGGUGGGUUUUGAUUCUUGUUAUAAUCAACAACAACAAUCCUUUGUCCCUCGCAGUUAUAGUGGUGUUGAAAAUGUAGCAAAGUAUAUGCAGAGGAGUUAUAGUAGCAAUUCUUUUGAUAAUAAAUCUGGUUUUCUCUUUCGACCUCACUUUGAUACUCUGAUGGAGCCUCCAAAUGUUAACAACCAAGCCUUGAGUUCACCUGAAAGUAACUUUUUCAGUGGGCAAAUGAGGAGGGUUUGCAGUACUGGAGAUUUACAAAAUACAGGAACAGCACAUAAACCACAGAGGUCUUUUUCAAGUCAUGUAGCAACAGAGAGCCCAUUCACGGAGGAAGCAAACUUCAAAGUUGGGCGUUACAGUGCUGAAGAAAGAAAAGAAAAGAUUUUGAAGUACAGAGCUAAACGAAAUCAAAGGAACUUCAACAAGACGAUUAAG